UGAAGCUUGGACCUCCAGCAGCUGCUGAGCAUGUCCUAUCAACAGCUGACGCAGCUGCACAGUGUCUUUCAGCAGCAGAGGCUGAAUUGGAGUGUGCAGAGGAAGCAGCACUCACUGCUGAAGCAACCACACAAGGCUACGAAGGAGGCCUCCCUAAUGGAGAAGCCCAAGGUAGUUAAGGCCCACCUUCAGGACAUGAUCAUCGUGCCUGAGACGGCAGGCAACAUGGUGGGUGUCUACAAUGGCAAGGCCUCCAACCAGGUGGAAAUCAAGCCUGAGAUGAUUGGCCACUACUUGGGUGAGUUCUCCCUCACCACUAAGCUUGUGAAGCAUGGUAAGCCCCCCAUCGGAGCCACCCACUCCUCCAACUUUGUCCCUCUGAGGUAGCCUAUUUGGCCAAUAAAGGCACGGAGUUUUCUGAAAGAAAGAAAUAAUUCAUGGAUAAUAAAAAGAGUGCUAGUCAUCAUUGGGGCUUUCAU